UAUUCCAUCAGUGGCUAACUCCAAUAAUUUUAUCGUCACUCUGGGUAAUAAGUUCUACGAACGAUCGGAGUCAAUCACUAACGGGCAGCGGAGGAAUUGGCGAGAAUCUGGAGACACUAAGACCGAUAAUGAAGCAGGAACCUGAUGAGGAAGACGAGUACUAUUCGGAGGAGGCGAAAUCUGUGGCCCAGGGAAACGCGACGAGACGGAGAUCGCAUGCCAGAAGCCUCCGGGCGAUGGCCAAUCCCAGUGCGGUUUGGGGACAUUUUGAUCUGUGCAUUAAUGAUCCUUUGAGGGCACAAUGUCGUCUUUGUGGAUCUGUUGUCGUCAGAGGUGGAGCUAACCCCAGACAAUGUGGUACCACUAAUCUUCACCGGCACUUAAGAGUUCAUCAUGGAGGAAGACUCAUUGGAAGGCGAUACCACGGUAAUUUAUCCAACAGCAAAGUUUCCACCUUCCAGUUAUCGACUUAUCUCCAAAACUAUCGAUAUUCUGCGAAAACAGUAAAUGAAUUUUUUGUACCUGAUUCAAUUUUCGAUAUACAUGGUCUUUUCACAUUUCUUCCUAAAGUCAAUAGUUUCUGAGAUCAAUCGGUAUUCAAUUAAAGUAUCAUUAAACACUAAGUGGUAAAGCGUAACGACUCGAUUUACAUAAAGCGUAAGUUCUCGAGGAAUAUCUCCGAAUGUAAGAGAGAUACCCAAAAUUUCAUAAAUACCUUUUUCGUAGCUCUCAUUUCACUCUCCAAAAAAGUCCCGAGGCUAAUUUCGUUAUCUAUCAUAGAUUCAGAGGUAAUCCUCGUUUAAACUACAAAACGAGUUAUUCUCUACUUUUUUCCUCCUGAAUUGAUAUGUCAUCAUGAAGAUUCCCAGUCGAUUGAUUGAAAAAUCGAAAUCAGUGUGAGAUUAAAGUAUUUUCAAGUAAAAGGGAAACUCGAAAAAGUUGAAAUGAUGAGAAGAGAAUAUGAUCGGUCGUUUGGAGUUUUCAUUUAUGGCGAGUUGAUUGAAAAAGUAUAAAAAAAAGUUGCGGAAGUCGUUGCAAAUGGAAAGCUCGUGUUGAACCGGUGACAGUAAAAAAUAUCCGGUAGAUGCGCACAUUGCAAUUGAUCUAUUUUGCACACUAGCAGCCUUCUAGCGCAUGCGCAGUGGAUACCGACUGGGCCAACACUAGGUACAACAUCGCGUCUCCGUUUUGGCUUCUCUUCGACAAUCGUUGCGAGAUACAUAAAGUCGGCCAUUUCCCGAGUGUUGCGUUAGUUUUUCCAAAUAUUCAUUGAGCACUUAGCAGACAGCGAAAUGUCGAGUUAUCAGUCUGACAGCGGUGAUACGAACGAACAGCCUGGGUCCUCUGAUCCUGGUGAAUCCAGUGAGAUCAUCACAGAGAAUACUCUCCUCUCAAAAUCCAGGGAGAAAUAUCAGGCGAUUUACAAGAAAUUCAAUAGCUGGAGGGAGACAAAUAACAAGGGACCACUCUCCCAGGAUGUGAUGUUGGAUUUUUUUAUGGGACUCUCGCAGAAAAUGAAACCCUCGUCCCUCUGGUCUCAUUAUUCAAUGCUUAAACACACUAUCAAUAGUAAUGAUAAAAUUGACAUCAGUAGUUAUAAAAAAUUGAAUUCGUUCCUGAGACUUCAGUCGACUGGGUACAAGAGUAAACAGACUAAAGUUUUGACACCUACUGAUAUUGAGAGAUUUUUAAACGAAGCACCGGAUAAUCAGUUCCUAGCAACAAAGGUAAAAUUAAAAAAAAACUGGCAAUUUUCAUAAUUACCACCAUUUUUCUUCUAUUCAAAAACAUACUUUUAUGGA